GCGCAUGUGCUCCAAUGCUUAGAAAUGAAAUUGUUUUUAAAUGAGUCCCUUUAUUAAAAUUUUUUUUUAUAGAAGUUAAUUCGAUAAUGAACAACUGUUGGGAACUCGAAUGUAAUAAUUAUUUAAGAAGCUUAAUGUAAGAAAUAAAAUAUGUUAACGGUCGGUUUAUCUUGCAUGGAAUUGUAUGAAAACGAAUGACGUAUCUAAUUUAGCUUAUCAUGGGAACGUUGUUAUAUUAAUAAUACUGAUAACAUAGUAAAUGAGAUUAAAUGGACGCUGAACUGCAACUGGUAAUAUAAAAAAAUCUCUCAUUGCUGCAUGAGAGGUAUUCAAGAUGACACGUUCAAUGAUUGCGGUGUUCUUUCUCUUUUGCUUGACAAUAUUAUGUACAAGAUCAACAAAACAUGACCAAGAUUUUCCACUAGUAGUGAUAACAUGGGAUUACUUCAAUGCUACGGAAAAAGCUUGGAAGGUGAUUAAUGAUGAAAGUAGAAGUGCUUUAGAUGCCAUAGAAGAAGGUUGUUCUUUAUGUGAAGAACUUCAGUGCCGUAAAACUGUUGGCUAUGGUGGAAGUCCCGAUGAGUUAGGGGAUACAACUUUAGAUGCUUUAAUCAUGGAUGGAACAACUAUGGAUGUGGGCGGCGUUGGAGGUUUACAAAAUAUCAAGCAAGCAAUAUCUGUAGCACGAAAAGUCUUGGAUAACACUAUGCAUUCCCUGUUAGCGGGUGAACUUGCAACCAAAUUUGCUGUAGGUUUGGGAUUUAAGGUGGAAUCAUUACAAACCAAUGAAUCAAAGGCAAUGUGGCAAGAUUGGAAAGAAAAUAAGUGUCAACCAAACUACUGGAAGGAUGUGAGUCCCAACCCUCAGAAGAAUUGCGGACCCUAUGGGCCCCUGAAAAGUGAUUUCUGGAAUACACAGGACAUUGCCACCUGUAAUGUUGGUCCUGACAAUCAUGAUACAAUUGGCAUAAUCGCUAUCGAUUCACAAAAGAAUAUUGCUGCUGGAACUUCAACGAACGGCAAAAAAUUUAAGAUUCCAGGUCGCGUCGGGGAUUCUCCAAUUGCAGGUGCUGGUGCUUACGCAGAUUCGACAGUUGGAGCUGCCGCCGGAACUGGUGAUGGAGACAUUAUGAUGCGUUUCUUACCAAGUUUUCUUGCUGUUGAAGAAAUGCGUAGAGGAGCUAGUCCUCAAAAAGCUGCUGAGACUGCAGUUAACAGAAUUGCAGAGCAUUAUCCAACAUUCUUUGGUGGUGUAAUUGCAUUGAACAAGAAUGGCCAAUAUGGUGCAGCAUGCAAUGGAAUGGACCGUUUUCCGUUUUAUGCUAUAAAUCCACGUUUAAAUACUCCAACAUUGACUUAUGUGCCGUGCACUAAAGGGCAAACUACCAAAAAAUCUAUGACUCCUUUGGUUACUAUGCUUCCCUAAAAUUAAUUACCAUUUAUACAAAAAAUACAGUGUCUCGUAGUCAUUUAAAUACUUGUUACAGAUUGUUGUAUACACAAAGUUAACACGAGCUGCACUUUAAAGUUUUAUAAAUAAAAUGAUAUUUUGUUCAAUCUCCUAA